ACCCACCCCCACCCACCGGCCUGCGGUUGUCGGAGUCACAUGUCAGGGAAUGCGCCAAUCAGAAUGCGGCAGCCAGCCCAGGCCCGCCCCCAGUGCGUCCCUCUCCGAUCUGCUGUGACGUUGCCGCAUUUCGUCCUCCAAACCCCGACUUGCGUCCACCUUCCACCGGGGGGGUUGUUUUGGUGACCCCCCCCCCUCCUCCUCCUCCUCUUCUCACAUUUCAUCCUUUUUUUUUUGAACAUUCACACACCGCUCCAUUGACGUCGAGGAUGUUCGACGGGAUUUUGAGAGGUCUCCCUUCGCCCACCGACGAGGACUGCCCGGUAGUCGCGAAGCCGAGAGGAGCAACUUUUGAGCAGCUCCCGUGUCGCUCCUCCUGACCGAGCUAACCCGUUAGCCGCGCGCGCGCGCGUGUGUGUGGAAUGCCGUGGAAACUUCUUCGAAAAGUCGCCUACUGAGAGAGGGGCGACCUCCCGCUGCCCCCACUAGAGUUAUGGCCGGACGGCGGCCGGCUGACAUUAAACGUGGACUUUGAGAGCGGAACCCGCCGCUCUGCGCCCGCAUCCUUAUUCCCGGGGGCAGGUGCACCUCCUCCCCGGCGGCACCUGUGACGAAGCCUCAGCGGAGUCGACGGUGUUAGCUUUAGCUUUAGCUUCAGCUUCGAGCACAAGUGCGACGCACUGUUAACGUUCCCACCGUCUGCGGUUAAAUAGUUUAACAAUGGGAAUGCACGCUGUUACAUUUUAAAACACAAGAGAACUAGACUAAAGCCCAGUUUGUCAACUUUUGGCGAGCGUUAAGCCAGGCACUUGUCGCCGGUUGUCGACGGAGUCAGCCGGGUGGUGUUGGAUAAAGUUUCAGUCCCUUGUGGGACGCUCCACGCCGAGGGACUUUGGCCGGUGUCAGUAGCUCAUGCGGGGAAUUCCACUUCUUUUUAGCCACUAAAUGCAACAGCAUGCGGAGCUCCAUAAGUCGCCUUUACUUUUCUAAUUUAGUCUCUUAAGCCCCGCACCCUAUGGUGCCAUUACGGCCACCGAGAAAUGGAUGUCUCGCAGGCCGCUUUCCCAAACGGUGAAGGACGGCCGGGCGGAGGCGACGGAGGUGGAGGGAUCAGGGAGCAUGCCUGGACAGAUUGCCACACUCACGCGUGGGCACACUCGGCCCCGCUGUGCCCGACCCGUUCGCUUUGGACGGCCGCUUACGACUACGAGGCGAGCGGCGAGGACGAGCUCAGCCUGCGCCGCGGAGACGUGGUGGAAGUCCUGUCCAAGGACGCGGCCAUCUCCGGCGACGAGGGCUGGUGGACGGGCAAGAUCAACCACCGCGUCGGUAUCUUCCCCUCCAACUAUGUCACCUACCAGCCGGCCAUUUACCGUCUGCCCGCCGCGAUUGUGCGGGAGCGGGUCCCGGCCUCGCCUGUCCAGAUCCCCUUCACCGAGCUGGUGCUGGAGGAGAUUAUCGGCGUGGGGGGCUUCGGCAAGGUGUACCGGGGCACGUGGAAGGGCCAGGAGGUGGCCGUGAAGGCGGCCCGCCAGGACCCCGACGAGGACAUUACCGCCACAGCGGCCAGCGUCAAGCAAGAGGCCAAGCUGUUCUCAAUGCUGCAGCACCCCAACAUCAUCAAGCUGGAGGGGGUAUGCUUAGACGAGCCCAACCUGUGCCUGGUCAUGGAGUACGCCAGAGGGGGCACGCUCAACCGGGCGCUGACCGGCAGGCGAAUCCCGCCGCACAUUCUGGUCAACUGGGCCGUGCAGAUUGCGAGAGGGAUGCACUAUCUGCACGAGGAGGCCGUGGUCAUACACCGGGACCUCAAGUCCAGCAACAUUCUAUUACUUGAAACUAUAGAGAACGACGACAUCGGGAGGAAGACAUUGAAGAUCACAGACUUCGGCCUGGCCCGGGAGUGGCACAAGACCACCAAGAUGUCGGCGGCGGGAACCUACUCCUGGAUGGCCCCCGAGGUCAUCAGGUUGUCGCUCUUUUCCAAAGGCAGUGACGUUUGGAGUUAUGGCAUCUUGCUGUGGGAGUUGUUAACAGGGGAGGUACCUUACAGAGGAAUAGACGGCCUGGCUGUUGCUUAUGGCGUGGCUGUCAAUAAAUUAACAUUACCAAUCCCCUCCACCUGCCCCGAACCGUUCGCCAGGCUCAUGGAAGAGUGUUGGGACCAGGAUCCGCACGUGCGCCCCUCCUUUUCCUGCAUCCUCGAGCAGCUGUCUGCAAUCGAGGAGGCGGUGAUGGCCACCAUGCCGCAGGACUCCUUCCACAUCAUGCAGGACGACUGGCGCGUGGAGAUCCAGGAGAUGUUUGACGAGCUCAGGACCAAAGAGAAGGAGCUGCGUUCCCGUGAAGAGGAUCUGACGCGGGCCGCCCUGCAGCAGAAGUCCCAGGAGGAGCAUCUGAAGCGGCGCGAACAGGAGCUGGCUGAGCGGGAGAUCAACGUGCUGGAGCGGGAGCUCAACAUCCUCAUCUUCCAGCUCAACAAGGACAAGCCCAACGUGAAGAAGCGCAAGGGCAAGUUCAAGCGCUCCCGCCUUAAGCUCAAGGAUGGCAACCGCAUCAGCUUGCCCUCAGACUUCCAGCAUAAGAUUACAGUGCAGGCGUCGCCGUCCAUGGACAAGAGGCGGAGCCUUCACAGCACCAGCUCCUCUCCUCCGAGCAGUCCCACACUCAUCCCCCGCCUACGAGCUAUUCAGCUCACGCAGGAUGAGAGCAACCGCACGUGGGGUCGCAGCGCCCCCUUCAGGUCGGAUGAUUUUGACGACGUGAGGAGGGGCAUCAAGAAGAAGGGGAGGACCUGGGGGCCCAGUUCACUGCAGAGCAAGGAAAGGCCGCCUUCCACAGAGAGAGUACGUCCCCUCUCAGAUGGCAGCAAUCCGUGGUCCACCAGUCUGGUGAAGUCACAAAAGUCUGUCCCCCUCUCUGCCAUCUUUGCUGAACAAGCAGGAGGCGCUCAAGAGGAGGCCUUCCCUCCAGAGUGUCCAGACACCAGCUCCAAACCAAAGCAGAUCAAGUUCCCCAACCAGGUGUACCUGGAUCUACCUCUAUGGCGGGAUGAGCAGCAGCCUCCCGGAUUUGGCGGGGAAGCCGGGUCUGCGGUGCAGGGAGGGCUGAGCGAGAGUCCGGAGGACCCCUACACCACCACCUCCACCUCCUCCGCCUCCACCACACCGCAGCUCACGCCCACCAAUAGCCUGAAGAGGAUAUCGGUCCGUCGCAAGACUGAUUCUGUGCUGUACGGCUGCGGCUCCCUGCUGGCCUCCGUCGUGCUCGGCUACGACAUCCGCGAAGCGCUCAAGAACGCUCAAGACGAUGGCGAAGCGCCGCGGGAAGAGAAGAAAAAGAAGGAGGGCCUGUUCCAGCGUGCUACACGCUUUCGCCGCAGCACCUCCCCGCCGAACGGCGGCGGCCGACCCCGUAAGGAUGAGACCUCACCGGGCCACCCCUCCAACUCGCACGCCAACUUGGUCUCUAUGUCAGCCAUCGUGGAAUGUCAGUCCACCAAGUGUCUCCUGCAAUCGGAAGUGGAGGUGUCGCAGUUCGGCCUCGGCAAGGUGGACCUCGUGCCUGUCAGUCGUCAGCUGGAGACCCCUCGGCCUGCCCCCCCAGUGUCGGCGCCGCCACCGCUCGUGGAAAAUAAAGAGACGCCACCACCGCAAACCCAAAGUCAGCAGCCAGAGGUGAUGAACCAUAACACGGGGACGCGCCUCCGCAGGAAAAAAUACAACAUCCAUGAUGCUAACGGCCUCCCCAGCCUGCCGCCCCCCGCUGCCCCGAAGAAGACCAGGGACACGCGCCCCGUCUCCUUUUGGGCCAAGCCGCACACGCGAGGCCUCGUGGCCCGCCUGGGCAAGGGCUACUCGCUGGGCCACUACUCGGGCGAGAAGGCCGCUCAGGCCUCCUCGUUGCUGGACAUGGACGCCGAGGGCCAGAAUCGCGACUGCACCGUGCCGUUGUGCCGCAUCCAGAGCUCGCCGGCCCGGCCCACAGUCUACGAGCUGGAGAAAGAGUUCCUCUCCUAGAGCGCAGAUGGCCUUCUCACUGGCUCGAGAACUUAGAACAGGUUCCACACCAUCUUGGUGCAGCUGAACGUUGACCGCCGCUGCGGCGUUCACGACACAUUCUUGUAUUUAUAUAUCUAUUUUUAUAGGUAAUUUAAUAGCAGCCAGUGGAACAAAACCGUACUGUACAUGCGUGUUCAUCCACCCAUUGUAGAAGUCCUCCCUUUAUUUAGAGCAAGUAUGUAAAUAUUCCUUUCGGAUGUGCGCUGCCCGGUGGCGCUCGAGGAGCCAGAGGACAGCGACUCUGUGCUGGAUGGCACCUGGAGCGCCGCCUACAGGCCCUAAAAGGAGGUGCAGGUUGAAAAAGCAGCAGUUCAAUGAAGGAAUCAGAAGGAAUACAAGUUGCCGGUUUUUUAAUUCUUAUUUUUAACGGAUUACCACGAUGACUUUUCCGACCGUGUCCUGAUGACUUCAUGGCGUCACAGUGUGGCGCAUCAUGUGACCUGCAUUCCUCAUUUGGGCCUCCCACCCUCUUUUUCUUUUUUUUUUUUUUUUUUUAAACCCUGAAACUAGCCCAUGAUUACUUUUUUGUACUUUUUUUUUUUUUUUUCAUGGAAUCUUCUACAGCAGCCACUGAAAUGGCUUCCUCAGGAUCACCUAAUGGGCUCCAUUUUGUAUUUUCUAGGCCCCCCCACCCACACCCCCGAAAAUAAACACACCUCUGUGAGGAUAGACUAUGCAGACUCGAGCAGCUCUCGCUGGCUCUUGUUUUGAAAAGUUAUACUCAUCUGUUUUGUACGGUGUCACCAAAUGAAAUGGUUUAAAUUCAACCUUUUAGUAUGAAAUCACACUUUUAUGUGAUGGAUUUGAAAAUGUGAACGUUUUCCUCUACACGCGAGCUGCCUUAAUCACACAGGGGUGGGAAUUGCAGCGUACUCUUAAUUGUAUUUCCCAGUUCAUUAAAACACUGCCCCCCCCGAUUCGUUCCCUGGUGCCAGACAAACAACUGCUUCAAAUAAAUUAAAAAUGACAAAAAUUAAACAGGUAGUGACUAUUUCCGUUCAGUUGGUCAAGAGGGUGUCUGAAUGCUCUUGCUAACUAAAACAGCAGCACAAACCAACACUUCCCACUAUUAAAUUCCCGUCUGAAAAUAAAACUGGUCAUAACUGCACUGGUUUUCAUUCCAAUGUUCACGCAGCCGUUGGAAAUGUUUUGCUCACCAGAACAGCAGCACCUACUCUGCCCUAAUUCGGCCUUCCUUCAAGAAAUCGCCAGUAGUAAAUAAUGUAGGCUCAUUCAGAAGCCUGUCGGAACUCUGUUGCUAACCACAACAGCAGCACACACCAGCAGUUACCGUUUCCGUUCAGCCGCUGUUGUUGAUGCGCAGAUGUUUUCAAGGCUAAUGGUUGCAAACCAAAACGGCAGCGUCUAACCUGAACUCAAAUGAGUUGGCGGGCACCGCUAUGAGAAACGUCUCCUUCAAAUGAAUCACAUGACCCUCCCCAAAAUGGAUCGAAUGAGUACGACACCCCCGCCCCACCACGUUUCCUCACCCCCUGAUGUCGAGUGAAAGCGCACGUUACAGUGGGACUCAAACCCGCGGGCCCAUCUGCAUCAAGCUAGCAAACAUUCCGUUUUGAAGAUCUUUUGUUUUUCCUCUGACGGAGCUUCUGCCAAGUGGACCAAAAUGAAGGCAAAGAAAAAAGGAAAAAGGAAAAAAAAGGUGUUACUGAAGGACAUUUUAGUGUUUGUGCAGGACCAAAACGUAAGCAGCUGCUCGUGCGUGUUAGGCGCGUACUCGUGUGUAGUCCAGGAAGACGCCGACGUUGGCCUUGACGUGUCCCCGAUGGAAUGACACAAAGUACUACACACCACCCACUGCGCCUUUCAGUGACUUUUUCUAUUCUUAUUAUUAUUACAGUAUUUCAUUGGCGGAUUCAAGAGUAUCGACAUUUUUCAAUAAAGUCGGAAUUGAGACGAUGUGUGCGUUGUGUUUUUCUUGUUCCAAACCCUAAUUUGAACCCCGAAUCGGUUGUC